GAAUUAGUCAUUGUCUUCAAAGAUUUCUUUUUCUUGUGUCUAAAUAGAUGUAAUCAUUUUUAGUAAAUUUGUGAUUGGCAGUUUCUAAAAUGCCAUUAUUAUAACACGAGAUAGUUGGGACCCAGUAACAUGCUGCAUUUUCUGUGUCGAUGACCUAAGUGGAAGGUACCUUUCCAUGUUACAAGCAUUUUUGUCAUCAGUGGUGCUAUUUUGUUAGGUAUUAUCUAUUUUAGUAGUAUAUUUUAAAUAUUAACAGUAGGUCUCUUAUAGGAUGAUAGCAGUGAUGAUGGGUUCCUUGCUGAUGACAACUGCAAUUCAGAAAUAGGACAGUGGCACUUAAAGCCUACUAUCUGUAAACAACCUUGUAUUCUACUUAUGGACUCACUCAGAGGCCCAUCUCGAUCAAAUGUUGUAAAAAUUCUAAGAGAAUAUUUAGAGGUGGAAUGGGAAGUUAAAAAAGGAAGCAAAAGAAGUUUUUCUAAAGAUGUUAUGAAAGGCUCUAAUCCAAAAGUACCACAGCAGAACAACUUCAGUGAUUGUGGCGUAUAUGUAUUACAGUAUGUAGAGAGCUUUUUUGAGAAUCCAAUACUAAAUUUUGAAUUACCUAUGAAUUUGACAAACUGGUUUCCACCCCCACGAAUGAGGACGAAAAGAGAAGAAAUCCGAAAUAUAAUUCUGAAGCUGCAAGAAGAUCAGAGCAAGGAGAGAAAGCUGCAUAAGGACACUUGCUCCACAGAAGCAUCUUUAAAUGAAGGGCUGGAACAACAGCAUGUCAGCAGUGUCUCAGCGUGACCAAAAAACCAGAAGUGGCAUGUCACUUCCACCGUUAGGGA